AUGCUGCGCAACUCGUCAAAUGGAACCGCCGUCCAUCGCGCUGCCGACCCCCUGCCGCGACCUGAAGAUCCCGGAGUGCCGUUUGCAGUGGGUCGUCUCCGCCUAUUCCCUCCACACUCAAUGUUCUUCGUGGAUUCCGAGUGUCAAGGCGCCGCGGUUAUCCUAGCUUCACUGGGAAUGCGUUCCCGCCGUCACGACUCCGCUAGGUCACAUUCGCGACAUUCGCCGCAGGUGCCCCCGCGGGCGCCGCCGUCGGCAGCAGCAGCUCACAGAGCGUGUGUUCGUCCCCGUCGCCAUGGUAGUAUUGACCGAUUUUGUGCUGCGAUAGAAAGACGUGGCGUCUACUUCAUGACGGGUGUCUCUGCGCUGGUCUUCGUAGGUGGAUUUACGGCGUUUGACAAAGGCAUGCCGUCGACGGUGGAGGAUAAGCGCGUGGACUAG